CCCAUUAGGGGGAGUGGGCUGGGGCCGUGCAGGGCAGGGCGGGGUGCUCCUGGGGCAGGCGAUGGCACGUAGCCCUUGCUGCAGGGGACAGUGGGUCUCUUCCCUUGGCUGGGUCUCAGUCUAGGGCCUGGGGUCUGCCUGGUCUCACACAUGGGAUCAGGGGGCUGGGACGGCCUUCCCUGCAGACACCCCUGGAAGGUGUAUGUCCAGGUCCUGACUGCACCCCGCCUCCUGUGCCCUCUCCCCUGCACACCUGGCCUUCUCCAUCUGCUUCCUCACCUAGGUGUCACCUCCACCUUACAGAGAAGGGACCCCUGGGCAGGAAUGGUCUCCCUUCAGCAGUCCCUGCCCCAAAAGCUCAUCUGUCUUUCUUUGGUUUUCUUUCUUUCUUUCUCUCUUUCAUACCAGGAAUCAAACUCAGGGCCUCGCACUUGCUAGGCAGCCUCUGCACUGCUGAGCUACAUCCCUGACCCAACACCUGUCUUUCUUGCCAUCUCUGUUGAAAUGAUGUCCUUCUCCUAUGCCAGAGCCACCUGGCCUGAUUUCUUCUGGCCCUGUGCUGGGUCUCUGGCCCUCAGCUGCACCCUUUCUCUGUCCGUGCCUCCUUCCCUCAAUGUUUGCUGGUUGCGGCACGUUUAGACACAAGCACUGCGUGCCAAGGGGACGAGCCAGGUCCUGCCACUCACCCUCUGGGGCGGGAAGGAAGUCUGAUAGAGGAAGGAAGCUGAGUGGCGAGGUCUGACUCCCUCCCUAAAUGUCUGCUGAGGGCUAAGUGCUCGCUGGCCCAACAAGCUGGGCGCUACGAGGCCCACCAGACAGGUCCACACCUUCUCCCCAGCCCUGUGCCCCCUGAAGCUACUGCCUGGCUGUCCCCAUCCUGUUCCAGCCAAACCUCCCCGGACAGGUGCGUGCUCACAGCUCCAAGGCCCUGGCGUCCCCGAUCACCCUGACCCCUGAACCGGCUGUUCCUCCGCUGCACCAGGAGGAACCAGCUCAGCCCCGUGGACCCACGGCUCCCCAUGGCUGUCCCUGUGCCCACCCACUGGACUUCCGAAGUGCAGCACCGAGCUCCUGGCUGCCCGGGCCCAGCCCUGCCGCUGACACCCUCCGGGGACAUCACCAAGUCCUGGCUCAGAGAUCACCUGGCCCUGGAGUAGGUGCCCCAGCCACAUGCCUUGAGUGAGACAGCUCUGUCCCGUCUGCUCCAGAAGUCACCUCUUUGGGAGACAAACAGUCCCCCGUACAGCACUGCGCCCCACAUCCGCCACCUGAGUGGCAGCCCUCGCCGUGCGAUUCCUCCCCUGACACUGCCACCAUCCUCAGGCCUGCUGCCAAGCCUCAGUCACCCUCUGCCCAACCACAUGGGGAAAGAGAAGGCCCAGCUGCACUUCAAGAAAAGCCGUGGGCAGGUGUGGUACUGCACACCUAUAAUCUCAGCACUUGGGAGGCUGAGGCAGGAGGAUCACCAUAACCUUGAGGGCAGCCUAGGGCUAGUAAGACCCUGUCUCACAAAACCAAACACACACACACACACACACACACGCGCGCGCACGUGCGGACGCACACGCACACAUGCUCCCCGCGUGGCUGAGGUGUGUACAUUGGGGCUGCUGCCCAUGAACCCCACGGGAAGAACAGCUCCGGGCGCACAGCUCGGCAUCUCAGCAAGGCCUCCCCGUCCUCGCCACUCCCCCAGGGGCCCCAACACUGCUGCGGGGGGUGUUACUGUGACCCUUAUUUCAGAGAGGGCUACCAAGGCUCAGAAACCCCGUGACAACCCAAGCCAUGGGACCAACAGAGUCCGGCCUGACCUGGUAUCUACUGGGUUUGCUCAGCCACACGGCCCUUGGUGGAGGACAAUUGUUACAGGGACAUCACUGAUCACUGCACCACACUGCCCCGCACCCACUGGCUUCCUGUUUCCCUGCUGCUCCCCCUGCCAGGGCACAGGUCUCCCUAAGGCUCCCGGGUCAUUGUCUGUCCCUGUUGUCAUUCACCAUCCCCUGCUGUGCUACCAAGCCAGGUCCAGAUACAGAGCAAGGGCUCCAGGAGAAACACUGUCGCAUAGUUUAGUGGCCCGGUGUCGGUUCCAUGGCAUUUGUUGCGGUUUAUAUCCCGAUCCAACCCCCACCUCCUGCCCUCAUAGGCGGGGCUCUGGGAAGGGGACUGGCUCCAGGGGCCGGGGCUCGUGGGUGGAUGACCUACUAAUGAGUUUACAGCUAAAGGCAAAGCUGGGAGGUGAACCCUGGUCUAAGGGAAUAGCCUCUGUGGGUGUGGCCUGGAAGGGUCUAUCUUCCUCCUCCCCCCUUGAUCUCCCUGAGUUUUUGUUUCAUUUUGGUUUUGUUUGUUUAUUUUUUGAGACAUGGUUUCACUGUGUGUACUUCAGGCUGGCCUUAAACUCACUAUGUAGCCCAAGCUGGCCUCUAACGGUUGGCGAUCCUCCUGCCUCAGCCUCCCAAGUGCUGGGAUAACAGGCGAGCACCACCACACCUGGCUGAUCUUUCUCUGCUCCUGUCUGCCAUGCCAUGAGCUGCUGCUCUUCCACUAGGCCCCUGUGCCAUGUGCCUAGGAGUAGCCGACUAUGGACUGAAACCUCUACAAACUGUGAGCCAGAAUAGACCUCUCCUUUAAUUUAUGGAUGUCAGGUAGUGUUGUAUCUUGGUGACAAGAAAGUGACCGAGACAACAUUGAUCCUUGGGAUGGCAAUAAGGUAGUAAUUCCUCUUUUGGGGGAGACAGGGACUAGGGACUGAACCCAGGGCUUUCACACUGAGCUACAUCCCCAGCCCCCUUGUUAAAUUUCUUUUAAAUUUUGAGACAGGGUCUCCCUAACUCCCUAAACUGCCCAUGCUGGUCUGGAGCUCACGAUCCUUCUGCCUCAGCCUCCCAGGGUUCUGGGGAGACAUGUGCACCACUCUGCCUGUCUUAGCUUUCCUUUUUUUUUUUUUUUGGUACCAGGGAUCGAACUCAGGACCUUGCAUUUGCCAGGCACAUGAGGCACCACUGAGCUACAUCCCCAGCCCCUCCUCUUUCCUCUUAAAUAAAUGUAUUUAAGUUCAAAGUGGGUUAACAAAAACAAUAUUGAGUUAGUACAGUGCAAAUAGCUCCCUGAUACGGAGAAGACUGGGGAAGACAGUGGCUGACGGAGUGGAGCAGAACCCAGGGGCGGCGGGGAGGCAUCUUCCUGAAAGCCCUGGUGAAAGAGGGUGACCUGAAUAACACAUGCGUGGGGAGCGGCCGGGGGCUCCAGGACCUGGACCUCCCUGUUCCUCCGGUCCUCCCCACCACCAGCUCGGAAGGAAGAGUGGGAGCUUCCUCUGCUAAGGGCCUGGACCCUUCCGGCCUCUCUGCCCUGCUGCUUGUCGUGUCCUCCCCGGAACCAUCAGCUCUGGAGCCCAGCCUGGCCCCACUAAGCCAGGGCACUGCCUGCUGUGCUAGGCAGCCUGGCUCCUCUGCCCUCCCAGCACCCUUGGCACCGCAGCUGCUGACAUCUAAGACAGGUCUCCAAAUUCCACCCUCAGGGGCUCUCUCCUGGCCCAGAGAACUCCUGUUCCUCCUCCCUGCCCCCUCCAUGCCAGUCUCUCCUUGGCUAUCUUUCCUGGGGGAGCAUGCAUGGCUCUGAGGCUGCAGGGACUGGGGGGACCUCGGGACUCACCCUGCUCUCCCAGGCAGAUGAGGGAGGGUUGAGGGGCUGUGGGGAGCAGAUAGACAGCAGGCAGCACUCCUGGCCAGGAGCUGGCACUGGGGUGGCAGAGAGGGAAGGGGUAGAGAGAUAUCUGCUCAUCUGAGGAGGGGCCAUGCCAAGGGGGGGGCUUGGAAUGGAAAAGCCUAGGAACCCCUUUAAGAACCUUCUAGCUUGGUGUGGUGGCACACGCCUGUCAUCCCAGCACUGA